AUGGUUAUUCUAUCAUCAGAUACAACAUCAAAUGAUUUUCUUUCAAAUCUUACAACAACAACAACAACAACGAUAGUUUCUUCAACUAUUUUAAAUGAUACACGAAAUAAUUUAACAUCACCACCAACACAUAUAUUACGUGUACGUAUUCGUGUUCAUAAUUCUUUAAUUGAAACAUUAGUUAAUCAAAAACAAUUAGAUUUAAUUGAAAUUCAAUUACGACAAAGACAUAUACCAUAUCGUCAAAUACAAGAUAAUAAAGAUGGUAUUACAAUAAUUAUAGGACCAUUUCAUAAAUCAAAAAAUUUUACAGCAUCUAUGAUGAUAUUUAAUCAAACACGUUUUCAUACAAAUUUUACUAAAAUAAUAACAAUUAAAAGUGAUUUUAAAAAUCAAACAAAUACAACAAUACAUACAGAUAAAGAACAAAUUCAACAAGAACAUUUUCCUAUGACUGUUGAAGCACAUGAAUAUGAUCUUGCUCAUGAUCAAGAAUCAUAUGAAUUUCGUAAUUGUCUUGAAGCAUGUGAAAUUUAUGAAGGCAAUGAAUUAAAACCGGAUCAUAAUUAUUAA